AUUAGCUUUCCUCGACACUUGAAACUGACUCCUUCUGCCCAUUAACUAAUGGAAGGGUCCCUCUGUUUCCUAUAUAACAUAUGCCCCUGCAUUACUCUUUCUGCUGCCCACCGCUUCUUCUUCGCCUCCUACGCAUUCAUCAUCUCCAUCUUCAUCUUCCUCUUCUUUCUCUUUCUUCUUCAUAGAGUCAAGAUGGAGGUAGAAAAGGGGCAGCUGGCAGCGGCCAUGAACGCGACCAUUGUCGGGUCGGGCAAUGAAUCCAUAAUUCUGGGUCACGGGUAUGGAGCAGACCAGUCCUUUUGGGCCAAAAUCCUCCCGGCCCUGGCCGGACACUUCCGGGUUCUCCUCUUUGACUGGGCCUUCUCGGGCGCCGUCGAGGAUCGGACCCUGUUCGACCCGGAGAAGCAUUCCUCGCUUGGAGCUUUUGCCGACGACUUGAUCGCUCUGGUGGACGAGGUCGGGUUCGGACCCUCCGUUUUCGUCGGACACUCCAUGUCCGGCAUGAUUGGAUGCAUUGCUUCCGUUAAAAGACCCGAACUCUUUAAGAGGCUUGUGCUCAUCGGAGCUUCUCCAAGGUACAUAAAUUUAGAAGAUUACAAGGGGGGCUUUGAGAAGUCAAAUGUUGAGGAGAUGCUCACUAGCUUAGAAUUAGAUUACGACAAGUGGGCUUCAUUUUUUAGCACUUUCGUUGCGAGUGCGCAUGACUUGCCCACUGUCGAUUUGUACUAUGCAAGCCUCAAAAGAAUGCGACCUAAAGUCGCCCUCUCCGUCGCUAAAACCAUCUUUUACGGUGACUACCGAGACGUCCUGCCCAAGGUCGUCAUCCCAUGCACCAUCAUACAGACUGCCAACGAUGUUGCAGUUCCCAUCUCAGUCGCCCACUACAUGCAUGACAAGAUUGGCGGGGAAUCAACAGUGGAGAUGAUCGAGUUCCCGGGGCAUUAUCCGCAACUCAGUGCGCCUCAUCUAUUGCUUGAUGUGCUCGGUCGAGUCCUAGGCUUUGAUAUUGGAUCGAGUUUAAGGAAAACGCAUGCUUAAUAAAUAGAAGAGGAAAUCGUAUGUGCAUGUGCACUGUUCUUUAUGCAUUGCUCUAUUCUACUCUCUACUCAGCAAGGUCAAUAAUGAUUAGCAUUCUUGUUUUGAAUAAUUAUAGGGAUAUGCCGGGGUUUAUUGGUGUAACUCUAUGAAUGGUAUACUAUAAGAGAAUAAUGGGGUAGAGAGUAUCUAGGGGUUUAAUUAGGGGUGUAACUUUAUGAACAGUAUGGUACAAUGUAAAGAGAACGAAUUGGUAGAAUAUAUUGUGUAUUUGUAAUAAAAACUAGUAUUGUGGCUUGUUGAA